AUUAUCUCAAUUCCAUUUAUAAGCAUAACUCUACAUUCUUCCAACUCAUUUCCAUUUCAUCUUCUCUCUUAAAAUUGUCUUGAUGCAGAUAGAAAGAUGAACACGGGUGAAAGUGGAAUCGUAGAAAAAGCUUUAAGCAGUUUGGGAAAAGGAUUCGACAUAACAUCAGAUUUUCGACUCAAAUAUUGUAAAGGAAGUAAUAGAUUGGUCAACAUAAAUGAAACCAAAACCAGAGACCUUCUUCUUCCUGGAUUCGGUACUGUUAAUAAUGUCUCCGUCGACAUCAAAUCCGAUAAGGCCGACCGGAUUCGGUUCCAAUCCGAUAUCCUCGACUUCAAACAGAUGUCAGAGUUUUUUAAUAAAGAGUGUUCGGUAACGGGUAAAAUACCAUCUGGUAUGUUCAAUGCGAUGUUCGGGUUUCAAAGCGGGUCAUGGGCAGAAGAUGCUUCGAAUACAAAAUGGUUGGGUUUGGAUGGUUAUUACAUUGGUUUAUUUAGCCUUAGAAUUGAUCGUUACCCACUUGUUUUAUCUGAUGAGAUUCGAAAUGCUGUUCCUUCUUCAUGGGAUCCUUCAGCUCUUGCCAGAUUCAUAGAGACAUAUGGAACACAUAUAGUAGUGGGGUUGGCGAUAGGUGGACACGAUGUUGUAUUAGUAAGGCAGGACAAAUCGUCGAGCUUGAAAGCCGGGGAAUUGAAGAGCCAUUUACAAGAUCUCGGGGACCAAUUAUUCUCCGGGACAUGCAAUUUCUCACCGGCUAACAAGACCGCUAAAGAGAAACCGCCUCAAGCUUUCACUUCUCUAUUCGAUCCGCACCCUUCUCUUCCCUUCACCACUACAACCACCACCACUAAGAAUGGAAUUACAGUUAUUUGUUCUAAAAGGGGCGGGGAUCCUUCGGUUAGCAGCCAUUGCGAGUGGUUAUUGACGGUUCCGACUUCACCCGACGCUAUUCAUCUUAGUUUUAUUCCGAUCACAUCUCUUCUCGAGGGAAUACCUGGCAAGGGGUUCUUGUCCCAUGCCAUCAAUCUCUACAUGCGAUACAAACCUCCUAUAUCAGAAUUAGAAUACUUUUUAGAUUUUCAAGGACAUAAGAUGUGGGCCCCAAUUCACAAUGAUCAUCCAUUGGGCCCAUCCACUAAUCAAGCACCUUCUUCUACCCCUUCUUUACAAUUCAAUUUGUUUAGUCCUAAGCUUUAUGUCAACUCUACUCAGGUAACAGUUGGAAUGAGACCAGUGGUGGGGAUGCGAUUGUAUCUGGAAGGGAGGAAAUGCAAUAGGUUAGCUCUCCAUCUCCAGCAUCUAUCAAACACACCUGUACUUCUUCAAAACAAGAUCAACGAUUCAUCCGCCGGAAUUUGGAAAAGUUCCGAUGAAAUUUCCGACGACCGAUUCUUCGAACCAAUCCAAUGGAAAAGAUUCUCCCACAUAUGCACUUCUCCAAUAGAAUUCGACGACCCAAACUCCCCUUCCGACCCAUAUCCAACCGCCUUCAUAGUAACCGGAGCCCAACUCCACAUCAAAAAACAAAACAACUCCAAAUCAAUCUUACAUCUCAAACUCCAAUACUCCAAAGUCACCAACUUCAUCAUCGUACAAUCAAAUUGGUUACAACAUCAUUAUAACUCAUCGGAAAGUUCACAGAAAUCUGGGUUUUUGUCGGCAGUUUUAAGUAAGCCUAUGUCGGGAAUCUCGUCGACGGCGACUGGGUCUGGGAAAGAAAAGAAAACAGUGGUUAUGGAUUCAAGUGUAUAUCCAGAUGGACCGCCGGUUCCUAUUGAGACAAUGAAAUUGGUUAAGUUUGUUGAUUUGUCGGAGCUUUGUAGAGGACCGGAAAAUGGACCGGGUUAUUGGUUGGUAACUGGUGCUAAGUUGGAUUUGGAUAAUAAAGGGAAGAUUUGUUUACAGGUUAAGUUUUCAUUGCUUAAUGUUUCUUCUUAAAAGUGCAAUGGUGAGACUGUAAAUAUGGAGUCAUCAAGAAAAAAAAAAUAUUUUUUU